AUGGUUAUGUAUCUGUUUACACAAGUUAUGAAAACAAAGGACACUAAGUUAGCAGCAGAUAAUUCUACAAAAUUAACCCUUGGAAAGAAGGGCAAGAAAACAUCUGAUGAUAAUGAAGAGUUUUGUGGCUGGACUGAAUCCGACAAACAGGCAGCUCUGGUCACAUUACACUUAAUAUUACAACAACCUCUUUCUCGGUUAUGGGAUCCACCAUUAGCAGAAGACAAUUUUGUGUCCAUGGUGGCAGAGCCAUGUUACAAAGCAUUGGAAGAACAAAUAAUUAAAAACAAAGCAGUGAGGGAGACAGUAUUUCAAGUGCUUGGUGUAUUGAUAAAAAAAUACAAUCAUGGUACAUCUUGUCUAAUUAAAUUAGUACAGGUUCUACAAAUGUUUGAGCAUGCUGUCUUACCCAUAUGUGCUGGAGUGGUUCAAUUGCAUAAAGCCUUUGGGCUUGGUACAUUUGGUCCUCAAAUGGUUCGUGAAAUCGCGGAAGCAUUAGCAUCGUCCGAAGAAGAAAAUGUGGGCGCAGGGACGGAACAAGGUGCUGCCCGUAACUGUGGUACCUUCCUGGUGGAACUCACCAAAGAAUUACCUAAAGAGAUGACAGGAGCUAUUGCCACUAUACAGCCUUAUUUAGAGAGUGAUGAGUCUUAUACCCUUCGUAUCAGUGUGUUGGGUAUGAUGUGCGAAGUUCUCAGUGUUGAACUUCGAGGGGAGGGACUGUCGGAUGAACAACGAGCUCAACGGGAUGACUUCCUAGAUGAGUUGUAUGAACACAUGCAUGACCUCUCCGCCUAUGUGAGGCAUAAGGUACUCCAAUUCUGGAGUAGAUUGCAGCGUGAAAACUGUGUGCCAGUUAGCAGGCAACGUGUUGUAUUAGAGCGUGCUAUCGGUCGCCUGCGGGACAAGGCGGCGUUAGUUAGGAAAGCUGCCAUACAGUUACUUAAGGUGUUCCUCGAGUGUAACCCGUUUUCUGCCCAGUUGAAGUUAGAUUUACUCGAAGAACAACUAGAAACAGAACAGAAGAUAUUGGAUGAGCUACAGAAGAAAUUAAAUCCUGGGCCGGACUCAGAGUUGAUUAAAAAGUGGGAAAACAUUGAGAAAGACGUGAUAAAAACAAUAAAAGAAAAAAUCGAUAUAUUGACACAAGACGAGCCGGAUCUGUCGCAGGCGUCUCUGGAUAAUUUGUAUGAAGCCAUUCGAAAACAUGUGCGAGAGAAGGACUACUACAAAGCAUAUUUAAUUGUAAAACACACCGAACGACAGUAUCCUGAUGCUAAAUUGUUACGAUGUGAUAUGGAAAAAAGUGAUCAGAUCGAUUAUUUCGUUGCUUUACUGCGUAAUAUUUUCAUUAUACCUGAUAGAAGGCAAUCUGUUUCGUUAACGCAACAAUGCGAAAACGAACUGGCACUAUACAAGAGGUUGGAGGAGAAAGAGAACAUAGUAGCCUUUUUGCAAGAAUCUGUGCACUUUAGUCGUAUGGUCUCUGAAGCGGUUCCAUUGAUUAACGCGCUAUUGAUGUCGAAACAAGCCGGAGAUGUGAGCGAGGCAAUAGACUUCUUUACGACAGCACACCACUUUAAUAUAGAGUCGGCUAAAGUCGGUGUUGCCAACAUGCUGCUUCUAGUUUGGUCUCCAGAUCAGGAUAAACGUGAAGCUGUAGAGCGUGCUUACCGUGAGAUGUAUUUGGAAUGCGAUACUAAAGCAGAACGAGCGCGCGCGUUCAGUAUCGGCAAGCGACUUGUUACGCUCGUAAUGCACGUGGACCGUGGCAGUGCACUUGCACUAGAACAUCUGGUUGGCCAGUGGGUAGAACGCGGGGACAUAUCGCCUGCUAUAAUACAGGUGUUCUGGGAGAUCUUCCUGAAGAAAAUUGACGGUACCACUGAUAUGGACAGUUACGCCGCUUUAUCGCUUCUUGUAAUGGUCGCAAAAGCUAAGCCAUCCGUAGCAUUAGCUAAUUUGGAAGUAAUACAGACUCACGGUCUCACAUCCGAUUACAAUUCACGCAAUUUGAGCGCUCAACUCCUAUUGUCACUGGCUAAAAAGAACCAAAGGUACCCCUCCGAUCAUCCAAUGUUCAUUGCCGUUUGCGAUAGUCUUCUAGAAACAUUCUCCAAAUUAAAUAACUUCGUUUCGUUCGCGGCUAAUACCAUAGAUUUGAUUUAUGCUUUAUGCGAUACCCCUGAGACUACAUGUGCAAAGUUGUUAGCAGAAAUGUACAAGAGUAUAGAAAAAACUAUGGUUAAAGAUAAAGAGAACGAAGAGGAUGUUAGUCUACCCACGGAACUAUUGACACGUUUUGUGUUUGUUCUUGGCCAUGUUGCAUUGCAACAGCUGAUUUAUCUCGACAUCAGUGUUUACAGUGAGCUAAGAAGAAGAAAUCAGGUUCGUGAAGAGAGGAAAAUAGAAGACAAACGUAAAAAGAAAACCGGGGCUUUCGCAACUCCCGGACGGCGAGGACGCGUCGAUGAUCUGCGGCGGCAAACUCUGAUGAACGUCAGCAAUUCCAGUGCUUCCUCGCGAGCACAACGUGCCAACAGUGUCGCAUCCAAUAAAGGACCUUCUACCAAUACUACGAUGACCGAAGAGGAGACCGGCCUGGAGGGGGCGGUUGCCGACGACGCCGACGCCGAGUACGUGCGCGGCGUGUGCGAGCGGGACAUAGUGGGUGCGGGCACAGCGCUGUCCCGCUACAGCGCUUUACUGCGCUGGCUGCUAUCGAACCCGGCGCGUUGCCCGCCGCCGCUGCAAGCAGCCGCUGCCCUCACAUACACUAGGUUCAUGUUAGUAUCGAGCUCGAUGUGCGAUGAAGGUCUACAAUUGAUGGUCACUGUCCUUAAACGGUCAAAGAACGUCUCUCUUCGGACCAAUCUUACGAUAGCUUUUGCUGAUCUAACACUGCGCUUCCCUAAUCUCACUCAGCCUUGGACUCAUCACAUUUACCACAUGUAA